UAGUGUGCAAAAUUUAAUGUAAAUUAACAUUGUAUAACAAUUGUAAGAUCAGAGCAAAACGUUUGACAUUUUAAAAUAAUAACGAAAGGCACGAAAAGCAAUCCUUUACACUGAUUCUCGGCAGUGAUACAGUGCAACGAGUCACGGACUAAAAGACGCAGUGAAGAAAGCGCAUUUUGUCAUCCAGGCACUUCAAUGCGCCUCGACGGUAGGCGUUCGGGCUUGAAGAAUCCACGCUCGAGUCGGUGAGUGAGGUGUCCUGCGUGUUCGUCGUCCUGCACACGCGGCCGGGACAAGAAGCCGGACGGAGCGGGGACGGAUCCUUCGCAGUGUGGAAUGACAAUAAGGGGACGGCGUACCCGCGGGGUGGUAUUAUGCCGGGGACGACGGAUUUGAGCGUGCCGCCCAAGUGCCCGGCGAAGGCGUCGCACCCCCUUCGUGGGAUGGCACUCGGGACGCUGGCCGAGAUAGCGGUGCGACUCGUGAUUAGCAGCUACAUAUUCGCCGUGGUCGUCUACGUGAACGCCAGCGGCAACUGGGAUAAGGACGAUGACCUAGUGUCUACAUCUAAGGUCAGCGCCGUACUUGGGCGUACCGCCACUUUGCCUUGCGACAUUGAGCCGUCCACUCGAGAGGAUCGCGUUUACAUGGUCCUUUGGUUCCGCGAUUAUGCGGUGAAACCCAUUUACAGUUUCGAUGUGCGAGGACGGGCUUUUAACAAGGCCCUGAACUGGUCGGACAGCACCGCCGUAGGGCCCAGGGCCUACUUCAUCACCGUGACGAAGCCCGCCGCGCUCUCCUUGGAGGCGGUCCAGCUGGAUGACGAGGGGAUCUACAGAUGCCGAGUAGACUUCAAGAACUCGCCGACCAAGAACUUCCAAGUGAAUCUCACAGUGAUCGUGCCGCCGCACCAGCUACUCAUUUACGACAGCUCCGGGGUGCAGGUGGAGAGCGUCGCCGGACCGUUUCAGGUCGGUGUGGAGUUCGGUCUGUCCUGCGAAGUGAGAGGAGGAAAACCCACGCCGGUGGUGAGCUGGCUGGUGAACGGUAAGGAGGUGGACGGCAGACUCGAGGAGUUCGGCCAGAACAUCGUCGUCAGCAAAUUGACGGUGCCACAGCUGCGGCGAGAACACCGCAACACCACGUACAAAUGCCAGGCGGCCAACACGCAUCUCAUACCGCCGCUGGAGAAGACGGUGAUCCUCGACGUUUAUCUAAAACCACUCACCGUGAAGAUACUGUCGAAGUUAACGGUCAUGGAGACGGAGAAGGACUACUCCAUCACCUGCGAGACGACAGGCUCGCAUCCCCGCGCUCGCAUCACCUGGAUCGAAGGAAACGAAACGUUCCGGAACAGCAAGGUAAAAGAAAGUAGCAACGCGUCGGCAGUGCUGAGCACUCUGAUGUUCUCACCCAUCCCUGACGAUCACGGCAAGAUCCUCAAGUGCCGCGGCGAGAACCCAGCCCUGGCGGACGCGUACUUGGAGGACUUCUUCAAGUUGAAUGUCGUCUUCCCGCCUAAAGUUCAGCUGCAUCUGGGUAGUACUCUAAACGCGGAGAACAUAAAGGAAGGCGACGAUGUAUACUUCGAAUGCAAAGUCCGCGCCAAUCCGGAGCACCACAAAAUUACUUGGCGCCACAACGGCGGCGUGCUGACGCAAAAUUAUUCGGCCGGUAUCAUCAUGAGCACCCAGAGCCUGGUGCUGCAGGGCAUAGGACGCGACAACGCGGGAAAUUACACGUGUCUGGCCAGCAACGACCGUGGGGAGACGACGAGUCCAAUUGUGAACCUGAGAGUGCAGUUCGCGCCAGUUUGCAAGAUGAAGGAGGUGACGAUUAUCGGGGCUUCCCUGGAGGAGUCCGUGAAGGUGCGCUGCGAGGUUGACGCUGACCCGAACGAGGUGGACUUUGUCUGGGAGUUCAACAAUAGUGGUGAGAACUUCGAAGUUGCGCCGGCCAAGUUUGACGGCAACAACGGCACCAUGAGCGAGCUCGUCUACACCCCCGAAUCCGAGAGGGAUUACGGUGCCCUGACCUGUUGGGGUAGGAACGCGAUAGGGAAGCAGGAGGCGCCCUGCAUCUAUCAAGUCAUUCCGGCAGUGAAACCGAAUCCUCUCAACAAUUGCACCAUCAAAGCAUCGCUCAAUCAAAGUUCGGAGAUUCUGGAGGUUGAAUGCGUGCCGGGAUACGACGGCGGACUCCACCAGGAAUUCCGACUAGAGGCUUACGAGGUACUGACCGGUAAUCUCCGAGUGAACGCGUCCAGCAUAUCGGCCGAUCUGCCAAUCUUUCGAAUUGCCGUGGCCGAUCUUCUACCGGCCACUCACUUCUACCUGGUGACCUACGCCGUGAAUGCCAAAGGCCGCAGCGAAGUGUCGCUGCUGGAGGAUAUAAUGCUGCGCGACUCGGAGAAGCACACAGAUACCGGAGUCAGCAUGCUGCCGUUGAUCUUACUGCUGGUCGGCUGCCUACUGGCCUUCGGCGCGACCAUGAUCUCCGUGAUGCUGAUGAUGUAUCGACGGCGCGGCACCACGUCACCGGUACACAUCGAGCCCUAUAUGAAGCAGCCGAUAAUCACACCGCCGGACUCGAGAAACAAUUCGAUGCUGGACGUGACCCACGGCGACCACACGUACUUCGUCGAGUACACGCUGAAGCAGGUCACCGAUUAUGCGCUCAAUAAUCAACCAGACAUCAUACAGUCGCCGCAAGACCAAGAGAAGAUCAAACGCGAGCCGCAACUGUUUUUGCCAGUGAGACCAGACACAUUGUUCGCGCCGUAUGACAUUCACAAGCAGGGACUGCAGACGAACAGAUGCAGCCUGAACCCGUUCUCCGCAAAGUCCUGGGAGCCCAUCAGCUUCAAAGCCGAUCGCAACCUGAUGAAGGAGAUCAUAAUCGCCAAUUCCAUACCGGGCCCGGAGAGCUGCGUGUAAACUUGAUCGAGAGGAAGUGAAUCGGGAGACGUAAACACACACGCACACAUACUUAAACUCAACGCGAUACAACAAGCGUACACAUUCACACACCCACACAGCAUAUUACAAGGGCGAUCGAUUUUGUAAAGCCCUGAAAACUGUAUCGCGCACCGUCGAUUGAUGCCACGACGGAUGUAUCAAAGACAAAAUCAACGAAUCUCAUGUCUCGCUUGUUAACGCGCGCCAGUGUGACAUAUCACGAUGACGAUAUCGUAGCAGACAUAUCAGCAUAUCGUAGCAUAUCGUGGCGCCCCACGAUCUCUCCUAAGAUCAUCGAGAGUCUUUAGGAUCAUCCCCCCAUCGAUUCAGCACGAGACCGGGGCGAAUGAAUCGCGAAGUCGUCGCGAGACGAUUUAGUCGCAUAAUUUAACCGAACGCUACACGUGGUGUACUAUUCCAAGUUUAAUAUAUUUUGU